AUGUCGACAUCUCUGAGGGCAUCCAGCCGCCUCCUCGGACUAUCCAGACCAAGGACAGCCGCGUUUACGGCAACUCUACAGGCAAAACAUACACGGCCCUCCGCAUCAACGAAACCUUUCCAAAUAGCACCACCACGAUGCCAUUCAACCUUCUCCUCCGUCAACCCUGAAGAGGUAUCCCACUUCAACGCCCUCGCCUCCGAAUGGUGGGAUCCCCACGGCUCCUCCCGACUCCUUCACCUCAUGAACCCCAUCCGACAAGACUUCAUCCGCUCCUGUCUUCAAUCACAACCCGAGACCAAGGCGUCAGCCCUGCAAGACGCAUCCCUCACAUACCUCGACAUCGGCUGCGGAGGCGGCAUCUUUGCCGAGAGCGCAGCACGCCUGCCCACGACGAAGCACGUCACCGCCAUCGACCCGACGCCGUCCGUCCUAGCCGUUGCAAAGGCGCACGCCAAAAAAGACCCGUCGCUAAGCGCCAAGCUGUCCUACAAACAAACCUCCAUUGAAGAGCUGCCCGUGCCGCAAGACCCCAGAGAUGGCUACCACGUCGUCAGCCUGUUCGAGGUGAUUGAGCAUGUGGACGAGCCGGGGCCGUUUCUGGAACGGGUUCGGCCGUUUGUAAGGCCCGGUGGCUGGCUGGUCAUGAGCACCAUUGCCAGGACGUGGGUGAGCUGGUUUACGACGAACCUUGUUGCGGAGGAUCUUUUGCGCAUCGUCCCCCCUGGCACUCAUGACUGGAAUAAGUACAUCAAUGAAGAUGAGCUGCGGCGCUUCUUCCUGGACAAGGGGUGGGAUAGUCCUAGGGUCAUGGGGGUGGUGUAUGUUCCUGGGUUGGGAUGGAAGGAGGUUCGGGGCGGUGAGAAGGUGGGCAAUUACUUUUUUGCUGUGAGGAGGAGUGAAUGA